CCUUUAAUGGCGGGAACUGGCUGUGUGCGCCGAGACGUGCUUUGCGUCUCAUCCGAUUGGUUGCCGGCGCUCGGGCCCGCCCUGGCGUCCUUCCUGCGCGCUGGGAUUGGUGGAGUCCGCGGAGCGCCUGGCGUCCUGAGAGCGGCCGCUGUGCGGGGCUGGCCGGCCGGCUGUUGGUCUUGGCAGAUUUCCUCAUCAGCUGUCAGUUUCCAAAUCUAUUUAAACGGGAUAAGGAAUAAUAUGGACCUAAUAGGAACUUCGGGGUGACUGAAAAUGGCACCUAUGAAAAGAAUAUAGGACCAUGGCAGCAGAUGAUGACAAUGGUGAUGGAACGGGUUUAUUUGAUGUCUGUCCUGCCUCUCCUCUUAAAAAUAAUGAUGAAGGCUCAUUGGACAUUUAUGCUGGGUUGGACAGUGCUGCUUCUGACAGUACUGCUAGAUCCUGUGUGUCAUUCAGAAACUGUUUAGAUUUGUAUGAAGAGAUCCUGACUGAAGAAGGAACCGCAAAGGAAGCAACAUACAAUGACUUGCAGACAGAAUAUGGGAAAUGCCAGCAGCAAAUGAAAGAAUUGAUGAAAAGAUUUAAGGAAAUACAGACACAGAACUUGAACUUAAAAAAUGAAAACCAGUCUCUUAAGAAGAAUAUCUCCGCACUGAUCAAAACUGCCAGAGUGGAGAUAAACCGUAAGGAUGAAGAGAUAAAUCAUCUUCACCAAAGAUUGUCUGAGUUUCCACAUUUUCGGAAUAACCAUAAAACUGCAAGAACAAAAGACUCAAGAUCCAGAUCUCCCCAUUUGGAUGAUUGUUCAAAGACUGACCACAGACUUAAAAGUGAUGUUGUUCAUAAAGAUGUACAUCCUAACACUUCACAGCCAAUCCUGGAAGAAGGAGGAAAAUCACAUUCUGAAGCACAGACUCCUUUGCACUUGCCUACGGGUAUUGAGAAACAUUGUGCCAACAAUGUCUGGUCACGUUCUCAUUACCAGGUUGGCGAAGGUAACUCAAACGAGGAUAAUAGAAGAGGAAAGAAUGGCGUUAGACGUAGCCAGUGUAGCAGAGGAACUGACAGACCACAGAAAGACUUGAAUAACAGCUGUAGUGAUGGAGAGCCAAGAGACAAAGAGGCUAAUGCCAGACUCCAAGGAAACCCUGAGAAACGUGGAAGCAGUGAAACAAAGCCUGAGAGCAAAAGUUCAGAGAGUAAAAGCAGCACUGGUUUGGGAUAUAAAAGUGAGCGCAGUGCCUCCUCUUGGGAGAAAGAGACUUCUAGAGAAAGGCCACACACUCGAGUGGAAUCUCAAAAUGACAAAAAUCCAGAGAGACAAAAUGAAAGAUUACAAAGUCUGCACAGGAAAGAGCUUCAGUCUCAGGACAAAGCAGAAAGAAAAGGUGAUGUGAAGUUUAAACCAGCAGGAGAGGACCAGGGGCACCGGGGAAGAGUGGAUCGGGCGUUGCCUCCUCAUUCCAAGAAUGACAUGAAAUACGGCUUCAGUAAAUACCAUCCGGAAGAGAGGAGGGGAAGGGAGGAUUGCAGAAGAGACAGAGGGGUGAGCAGUCACGACCUUCAAGACAGAAGACGAUCAUCUUCUCUUUCGAGCAGCAGAAACAGUAAGCACUCACACUCUAAGGAUGUCAGUGUGGCACACCAGUGGGAAAAUACACCUUUCAAAUCAGAAAGACAUAGGACCGAGGACAGGAGGAAAAGAGAGCGAGAAAACAAAGACGAAAAUAGACAUGUGAAAAAUGACAAAAAAUCGCCUACUGAAUAUUUGCAGAGGACUAAUAAAGAAGCAAAGAAAAGCACUACUGAUGUCAAGAGACAGACUGAGCCAAAAAAUGGUAAAUGUGAAGUCUCUAAUGAUGAGGUUUCUAAAGGAACAGGUAAUAAAGAAUGUGCAAUGAAAGUUGAGAAUGGACCAAAUGAAGGAAAAAGCAAAGACUUAAAGCUAAGCUUCAUGGAAAAAUUGAACUUAACUCUUUCUCCUGCUAAAAAGCAGCCUGUUUGUCAAGAUAACCAGCAUCAAAUAACUGGUGUGCCCAAGCCCAGUGGCAUGUGUAACUCACAGUCCUCAGAGAAGACUGAAACAGUGGCAUGUCUUCCUUCUGUCAGUGAACCCAGUACAGAGGAAACCAAACCAGGGUUAACAGAGCCAAAGGAGGUUCUUCCAGCAGCAUCUCAGCUCAGGAUCAGCAUUGCAGAAAACAAAACGAAGGAAGAAAAUCGAUUGUUGGUUAAAUCUGUUGAGAAUACUAUGCCUUGUGAAAUGCUUGUUAGUGGCACAGAAAUUUCCUUGCCGGCACAUGCAGAGAUAGAGCAAACAAGACCCUUGCUUCCUUCAAUGGAAGUGGAAGAGACGUGUGGUGGUACGAGGGCCACAGCUUCUGUGGUUAUGGAUGUUUUACCAGGACAUGCUUCUGAAGCCUUGGACCGAGAAUUGGACACCAAAGGACAUAAUGAUUUGAACUGUGAUAUUUCUGAAGGUGUAAAAAGGAAGGUGGUUCUUUCACCAAAAGCAGCUGUGGCCAGUGAGAGCCUUCUGCAGCCUUUGGUUGAAGAACCUGGCAUUGCACUAGUAAACUGUUUGGGAGACAGUAAUCCUAAACUUGAAUCUUCUCUUGAAGAUACACCUCUGGUUGAGAAUAAAUCUUGUCCUUUAGAUCCUUAUUUACCUAAAGAGACUUUUGUACCUUCACCACAGAAGACUGAGUUGAUUGACCACAAAAUAGAAACUGGAGACUCAAACUCAGUGUAUCAAGAUGAUGAUAACUCAGUUUUGAGCAUUGACUUUAGUCAUCUGAGACCUAUUCCAGAAGCCAUCAGCCCUUUAAAUAGUCCAGUGAGACCUGUAGCAAAAGUUCUUAGCGUGGAGAGCCCUUGUGUAAUUCCCCAGUAUGAUAACCGUCUUAAAGAUGAAUUUCCAUCCAAUUCAAUUCAUUCUACCUUCAAGAAUCAGUCUGGUCUAAAUAAAGAAAAUAAAAAACCAGUUCCCAGAUUUGACAAAUGUUCAGAAGCAGACUCUUGUAAGAAUUUGUCUUUAGAUGAAUUGGAAGAAGGAGAAAUUAGAAGUGAUGAUGAAAAGUCUGUAGCACAGAAACAUUUGGAAAAGAGUGCAAGACCCAGAGCUUCUGCUGACGCGCAGACGGGUAAAAGCAGCCCUGGGAACAGGAGGAAUACUGCGCAUGUGCAUAAGGACCACAAGCAGACUGUUGCAAAACCCCCUCAGGACAGCAUUACAUCUAGUAAAAGACCAAAUGAAUCUAGGUCCUUGGGCACUGAAAGGAAAAGUAAAACCAUGAGCAUCUCCUGCUUGGAGAAAAUCCUUCCACUUACUCUUGCACCUUCUUCUGUAGUGGAGGUUAUGCACAUGUUACGGACGCUAGGACAGCAUGUAAGGAAAAAUUACAUGAAAUUCAAGAUGAAAUUUUCGUUGAUACAAUUUCAUAGAAUUAUUGAAUCAGCAAUUUUGAGUUUCACAUCACUAAUUAAAUACCUUGACUUGUCUAAGAUCUGUAAGUCAGUCAAUACCUUACAGAAGAGCCUUUGUGAAGUUAUAGAAUCUAACCUUAAACAAGUGAAGAAGAAUGGCAUAGUUGACCGCCUAUUUGAACAACAACAACCAGAUAUGAAAAGAAAAUUGUGGAAGUUUGUAGACGAACAACUUGACUAUUUGUUUGAAAAGCUUAAAAAAAUCUUAGUAAAGUUUUGUGGUUCUGUAAACUUUGGAAAUAACAAUGGUGAAGGAAAACUUGAAAAAAAAUGUAAGGAGAGAACCCAACAUUCAAAUUGUCAGAAGGGGAAUAUGAACAACGACAAAGAAAUACACAGAGAAAAAGUGCCAAAAUCAGAAAAUACUGUGAAUUUUAAAUCUUCGCUGGGAUGUGAAAAAUUUGAAAAAAAACAUCAAAACCAAAAUAACAGCAGUACUAGCACAGUAAAACAUGAUGUAAAAAGAAAUUUUAGCACUUGUCCUGAUAAUACAAAGAACUCUGAAUGUAAAGAACAGUUUCUGGAAAUGAACUGCCCAAGCACCCCCAAGCCAGGAAAGAAUGAAGGAAACACCAUGGAAGAGGCACAUGUGUUGCAGCAUGCAGGUGCUAAGCCAGAGCGGAGUUUUGAGAUCCUUACUGAGCAGCAGGCGUCCAGCCUUACUUUUAACUUAGUGAGUGAUGCACAGAUGGGUGAAAUAUUUAAAAGUUUGCUGCAGGGUUCUGAUCUGUUGGACACCGGUGUUAAUGGUACUGAAAAGACAGAGUGGGAAUUAAAGACUCCAGAGAAACAGCUUUUAGAGAGCCUCAAGUGUGACUCUGCACCAGCUUGCACAACAGAAGAACUAGCUUCAGAGGGGGCUUCUCCGUGCCCCAAAGUCAUCAGUGAUGAUAACUGGUCUUUAUUAUCAUCUGAAAAGGGUCCAUCUCUAUCUUCAGGGCUCUCGCUGCCAGUUCAUCCCGAUGUGUUAGAUGAAAAUUGUAUGUUUGAAGUAUCUUCUAACCUUGCUUUAAGUAAAGAUAAUGUAUACAGCUCAGAAAAGAGUAAACCUUGCAUCUCUUCCAUACUCUUAGAAGAUCUUGCAGUCUCUUUAACAGUACCAUCACCUCUGAAGUCAGAUGGCCAUUUGAGUUUCUUAAAGCCUGAAGUUCUGUCAACUUCAACUCCUGAAGAAGUUAUUAGUGCACAUUUUAGUGAAGAUGCUUUGCUUGAGGAAGAGGAUGCCUCUGAACAGGACAUUCAUCUAGCUCUGGAGUCUGAUAACUCAAGCAGUAAGUCAAGCUGUUCAUCAUGGACAAGCCGAUCUGUUGCUCCAGGCUUUCAGUACCACCCUAAUCUGCCUAUGCAUGCUGUCAUAAUGGAGAAAUCCAAUGAUCAUUUCAUUGUGAAAAUACGGCGUGCAGCACCAUCUACCUCCCCUAGCCUUAAAUAUGGUAUGGUAGCUGAGGAGUCCUUGACAUCUUUGCCUAGAACUGGAAAAGAAGCUGAUGUGGCAGCAGAGAAAGAACCUACUCCAUUUCAGAAUACAGUUUUUAAGUCUGUCGAAGACUUGGAGAAUUCUGACAAGAAUGUUGAUAAUAGCAAGCUAAUUCAUGAAGAACAGAACUCUAUAGUACAAACACAGGUUCCAGAUAUAUAUGAAUUUCUUAAAGAUGCCUCAAGUAAGGUAGAGCAUUGUGAUCAAGUGGUUGAUGAUUGUUUCAAGUUGCAUCAAGUAUGGGAACCAAAAGUUUCUGAGAACCUUCAAGAAUUGCCUUCAACGGAAAAAAUCCCACACUCUGUUGGUGAUCAUCUUCCUAAUACACACAUAGACCUAACAAAAGAUCCAGCCACUGAGACUAAAAACCUGGGAGAACUCAUGGAAGUAACAGUUUUAAAUAUUGACCACUUGGAAUGUUCUGGAACCAACUUAGAUCAAGAUGCACAGAUAAUUGGUAAUUCUUUACAGCCUGAUACUAUAGAUGCUUUUAUUGAUUUGACACAUGAUACUUCAAAUGAGGGUAAAAAUGAAGGUAGUGAACCAGUGUUAGCUGUUGAAGGCUUGGAAUCCCAGGUAAUAUGUAUUGAUGAGGACAACAAUAAAGAAGCAAAGAUGGGAAGGGCAGGCAGUCCUUUAGAAUGCUUUGUUGAAGAAACUUGUAUUGAUUUGACCCCAGAGUCUCCUGGCUCAUGUGAAAUAAAGAGACAUGCUUUAAAAUCAGAACCACCAUCGAACUUGGAUUGUUUAGAGUUGCCUGGGACUCUGAGUAAUGCUCACAAGAAGAGAAAAACCAGUCCUGGUCUAAAUCAUUCUUCUCAGAAAAAACAAAGAAAGGAAACAGAUUUAAGUAAUGAAAAGACCAAGAGACUUACUCAGAAUUCUGAUAGAAAUGGUGAUGCUCACAGAAAGCAAGCCAGCAAGAAAAGGGAACCUGCAGUGAACGACAGUACAUCCUUGUCAUCAGAGGCUAGCCCCGUGGUGAAGGGUUCAGCAACAGCACUUGCUACUUUUCCUACAAGCCUUUCUGCAAAGAAUGUUAUCAAAAAGAAGGGAGAAGUUAUAGUUUCAUGGACAAGAAAUGAUGACCGAGAAAUUUUACUAGAGUGUCAGAAAAGAAUGCCAUCCCUGAAAACAUUUACAUAUUUAGCUGUCAAGCUGAAUAAAAAUCCAAAUCAGGUACUAGAGAGGUUCCAGCAGCUGAAGAAGCUCUUUGAGAAGUCAAAGUGCAGGUAGUAGUAGGUCCAUCACAGGAAGUCAAUGCUAUGAGUUGCUGAAUUUUACGGCGUUUCAUUGAUAUUUCUUCUACACAGAAGCUUUGAUUCCUCGUGUUUUAAAUGAGGAACUAGGUGAAGGUUUUGUCUCAAUUUUGAUGACUAGAUGAUCAUCUACAUUUUUUUUACUUACCUGGUCAUCGUGAUUGGGCUUAUUCAGAUCAACAGUCUGAUUCACUUACCUGUUACUGGUCAAAAUAUUUAUUUUUAAUCAUUUAAAGUUGUUAUCAAAAUGAAAGGAUAAAAGCAACAGGGAUAUAAUACUGAAACCUUAAUUUUGAUAUUGGAUGAAAUAACUUCUUCAGAUUUUAAAAAAUAAUUUUGUAGCAUUUUAAAUGUAAUGACUAUUCACCUUUCUAUUCAUUUUUGUUUUUAUAAUUGCCUCUCAUUUUGGAAAAUUGUGAAAUAAUUUAAAUAGUAUAUUUGUAUAUAUGUAUAAUUAUUAUGUUGUAAAAUACUAUUGAGUGUAUGUGUCUGUAUGUAUGCACAUAAAUGGCUUUGCUAGCCAAGGAUUUUUUUAUCUGUAUAAAACACUUUGUAUAAACUUUGCUUUCAGUAACAGUCAUAUAUAAUAAAAACAUGUAAAGUCUUGUUUUAUUUUUUA